AUGAUGCCAACGUAUUGUCUCUUCAUUACAUAUGCCAUCUUGCUGGUGGCUAUUCCUGUGAUCGCUCAAUGUCCUUGUUUCCGGAACCAGUUCUUACCGCGCCUUAGUCACUUUGUUCGUCUUGAUCUCGUAGGUCGUGACGAACUCAUCGUGUGUAUCGGAUUCAUGACGCUCUACACGUAUUUCAUCAUGGGUAUCCUUGUCGAAUUUUUCCACACCAAACCCAACAUUGCCUACUGCACAGUCAAGAAGACAACCACGACUUCCACCACUCCCGUGACGCGUCGCUCAUCGACCGGCGCUCGAACAAAAACAGCCGAAGUAGAAGUCGACGUGGACGAGCAUACUCAAGCUACAAAGCACACCAUUCGUUUCGAGCGCGCUCACCAGCAGCUUCGUCAGCUGUUCCCAGCCUUCGGUACACUAACCAAAUACAACUUGGCCUCUGCAGCGUUUGUUACAUCGGCGCUUUUGAUGUGGGCUAAUACAAACAAGUUUGACACAUAUCGUCACGGCUUCCUUUUCCUGCAAGGCCUUAUUCUGUUCCUCUUACCUUUUGCGUGUGCUUGCCCAAAACGUAUGCUUGGCGUGACAGCGAAAAUCGCUUAUCGCUGUGCUCUUUAUUGGACUUUAGCCUAUGCCAUGAUGCCAGGAGAAACCAAUGCUGUGCUUUGUCGUAUUUCGCACUUUUUUGGCCAUCGUUCCGACUGUAGUCUGAUGGGCAAAGAAUGGGCUCUCUGA